UAGAAACUAGAUAGGUGGAUAUAAAUAUGAUUACGUUUGCCAUUUUUAAUAAUUAAGUUAUGUCAAAAUAUUUACAAUAUUACGUUAUUAAUUGGCAACAUUAAUAAAUUGGAUUGGUAUAAUGGCGGCUAUGUCUCCGUCUGAGAGGAGAUUACAGAAAGAACUUAUGUCUCUAAUGAAAGAACCACCACCAGGAGUGACGGUAGACGGUGAUCAAGCCAGCCAAAAUCUAACACUGUGGACAAUUCACAUGGAAGGUGUACCGGGCACAUUAUAUGAGGGAGAAAAAUUCGUAUUGCAAUUCAAAUUCACUAAUAAAUAUCCAUUUGAUUCACCUGAGGUAACGUUCGUAGGUAACAAUAUACCGGUGCACCCGCACGUGUACUCGAACGGGCACAUCUGCCUGUCGAUACUCACCGACGACUGGUCGCCGGCGCUCUCCGUGCAGUCCGUCUGUCUGUCUAUCGUGUCUAUGCUUAGUAGCUGUAAAGAGAAGAAACGACCGCCGGACAAUUCGUUUUACGUAAAAACAUGCAAUAAAAAUCCUAAGAAAACAAAAUGGUGGUACCAUGAUGAUUCAGUGUAACACCUUUCGCUUGCUAUAUCGAGCAUGGACGAUAAACGUGAACUUGUGAUAAGUGUUAUCGAUAAAGUUAACAUAUAAUGUUAUGUAUAUACGGACGGACGGUGCGAUUUUAUAGGCGGCUGUGCUAAAUUAUUUUUAUCUGUUUUGCCGCCAAAUGGACUGUCAAUGUCAAAUAGAUUUGACGUUUGUGUUCUGUGGUUCGAUGCUUGGAAAUUUUGUGUAGUUAAUUAUUUUGCGACUGGAAAUGCUUAAUAGAUUUUAUUGUGGAGAUGGGCGAAAGCGGAAGUCGAUUGAAAUGGCGCGAGAUUUGAGAAGUACAAUUUUGUUUGUGUGCGCGUGUAGUCCGUAAAGAUUAUAUUAUAUUAGUCAAAAUAUGUACAAAGACUUGGCUAUUAUCUAUUGUUAAGAUUUUAACGGUCAAUUUAAAACAUUUAACAUGAUAA